AUGCCGCCGCGCUUCAAGAAGCCGACGCUGAAUGUAGCGGCCCCGGGGAGCGGCGCGCCCGGCGGCGACGCGGCGGAGGAGCAGGGGCGCGGAGACAGCAAGGGAAUGAACUACAACAUGUCGGACGCGGGGACGCUGCGGAUCGAUCGCCCGAACGGACAGUUCAUGUUCUCGGACCGAGGCCUCGUGGUCACGGACAGGCCUUCCAGUGCAGCGCAGCCAACGGGCUCGGGCAUGGCAGCGGGGUCUGGCCCGCAGGCGUCGCGGCCAAGCACGUCGGUUGGCACUGGCACCGUGCCCCCGGCCGGUUCGCGGCCAAGCACGGUCCACUAUACCGUCACGGAGAAGAACCUGAAGGUGGUGCGCAACCUGGGCUCGGGCGCGUGCUCCGUGGUCCACAAGGCGUUCUACCCCUCGAUGAACCGCUUCGUGGCCGUCAAGCGCAUCAACUGGCAGGAGGCGGACAAAAUGAAGCAGAUGAUGAUUGACGUGGAGGCGCUGUGCCGCGAGACGCUCCCGGGCGUCGUGCAGUUCCUCGGCGCCUUCAUGAGCUCGGAGACGGGCCAGCUGUCCGUCGUCCUCGAGUACAUGGACGGCGGGAGCCUCGCGGACCUCGUCAAGAAGGUCGGGAAGGUCCCCGAACAGUAUCUGGGCAUCAUCACCGCCGACGUCCUGCGGGGCAUGGCGGAGCUCAACCGGCGGCACCUCGUGCACCGCGACAUCAAGCCCGCGAACAUCCUCGUGUCGACGCUCGGCACGAGCAAGAUCGCGGACUUCGGCAUUGCGUCGGUCAUGGACAACACGCUGGCGGUGUGCCACACCUUCACCGGCACCGUGACCUACAUGUCGCCGGAGCGCAUCAACUCGAAGCCGUACUCGUUCGCCGCGGACAUCUGGUCGCUCGGCCUCACGCUGCUCGAGUGCGCGAUGGGCCGGUACCCGUACGACGCGUCGGCGGGGCCGCUGCAGCUCAUGAUCCACGUGUGCGAGGACGAGAUCCCGCUGCCGCCCGACACGACGACGGACGCGCGCGGGGUGUCGCCGGAGUUCCGGGACUUUCUGUCGCUGUGCAUGCGGAAGGACCCCGCCGAGCGCGCGCACGUGCAGACGCUGCUGAAGCACCCGUGGGUGCAAAAGUACGCCGGGCGGUCGCAGGACCUGGCGCGGUUCGUGAGCAAGCACGUCUCCGUGGACGAGAAGCUCUCGGAGACCGCGAUGCUCAUGGUCAACCGGUCGUACAUGUUCAAGGACGCCGGGAGGAAGAGCGGCGCCCUGGCGCGCCUGGCCAAGUUCUACGCGGAGGACGCGCACUUUACGUACGAGGCGGAGAUGAGCGUGGGCGCGUCGGACAUUAAGAAGAAGCUGGAGGAGCUGUCGGAGCAGAACACGGCGUUCGGGGGCACGCGCCACGAGAUCCAGGACCUGUACUCGUCGCGGCUACUGCAUGGGAAGAACAUGAUCCUGGUCUACGUCAAGGGGAAGGUCACCAUGCUGGGAGCGGCGAGUGCGCUGGGGAGGAGCGCGGAGUCGACGUUCGUGGAGACGUUCAUCAUCGACACGUCGUUCGUGAACAAGGACCCCAACCAGGGCUACUAUGGGUGCCUCAUCCGCAACCAGAUUUUCCGCCUGCUGCCGUCCGCGCCCUCGAAAUGA